AAAGUUUAGGGCAAGAGAAGACCUACCAGAGUGUACUUAACUCUUCUUUUGUGAAACGCAAUUCGAAAAAGGGCUCAAGAUCACAUGUUCAUAAUAAUAAACGACUGUAAAUUUAUUGAGUGACACAGCAUUUUGUUGGCCAAUUAAUUGGCCAAAAAAUGAAGAGUCAAAUCAGUCUUAAUUCCAAUAUUUGUCACCUGAUGAGAUUGGUUUGUUAACCGCCUCAGUGCACUGUGUCAAUAAAGUGAAGCGUAACGCCGUAUUUGUCUCAUGUGAAUUACCAUACCAGUACAAGAUCAUUUUCAAGAUCACUUUUUCUUUCAUUUUGAGUGAUUAAUCGUGUCAUAAUCGAUCCAACAAAUACAUCGGACGAGAUAAAUCAUGAAAACACCUCGCGCGGGAUGUGAUGGUGGACACACAUACAGGUUUAUGUAAUCAUCUCAAGACGACUUACCUGAGCGCGAUCUUUUUUUUUCACCUGGGCUUAUGGCUCGCGCGGGACGCGAGGAUGGAGUCCGAUAAUCACCCAAUUGACUGGCACUGCAACAUGAUCCGCGAUUGAGGUGGUGAUAUAAAAGGUACGCUGGAUGCUGGAUCGGGCAUCAGUUACCAGUGAGAUUCUCAAGUGUUCACAAGUCCUAAAACCAAAAACAAACAAAAAACCCAACAAGAUGUUCAAACUCUUUGUUUUCGCCACACUCUUGGCUGUUGCCGCUGCUGCCCCAGCUCCCGGUGUUGUCGUUGCCAGCCCCGUGGUCCAUGCUGCCCCAGUCGUUCCAGUUGCCCAUGCUGUGCACCCCGUAGCCGUCAGCCACUCCUCCAGCCAUGUUGUCCAUCACCCAGCUGUGGUUAAGAGCGUCCAUGUUGCCCAUGCUCCCGUUGUGCACCAUGCCGUGCCCGUGGCUCCCGUUGUGAAGACUGUUGCCGUCCACCCAGCUCCAGUUGUUGCCCAUCAUGCUGUCGUCUCCCCAGUCGUUCAUCAUGGAGGAGUUGUUGUCCACCACUAAGAUGUGACGUGCCAAGACGGAGAACCAUCUCACAGAAACACACCCCAUGCUACAGGACACCCCUAUCCGUGGAAAACUGUGCAAAGUCGCUAAAUUAAGUUACACAAAGAUUUUUCAAUUUCUCCGAAUGGAAAAACAAAACCUCUAAAAUUCUUAGAAAAAAAUAAAUCCACCUCUAUCAAUUUAAUAAAA